CAAUAAGCUUACUAGAUUCUUUAUUUUCUCGGUUUAAAGCCAAGCCAAAAGGCAAAGACGUGAAGCAUAAAGAAAGGAUACAGUAAAAAUAACAAAACCAAAAAUGGCGCUUCUAUCUUCCCCUCAUCCUCUCCCAACCCAAUUCCCUGCUUCCCCCGCCUCUCUACGUGUCCGCCGGCCCCCAAUCACCGCCUGCCAGCUAUGCACCCACAAACAAUCCGUACGCCAAUUCGACCAGUCAACUCUGACUGUCGCCGAGGGUUCGUCUGAGAGCGAGCUCUGGGCCGCCGCGUGUCUCCGCGUUCGCUCCUUCUACCACUUCAAGCCCUCCAUGUUUGGCCUCCAAGAUCACAGAAGGUACUUGGCGGAACGAGAGUUGGAAGCCAUGAAGGAACGUGUGGGAGGAAAGAGGAAGGGCUUUAGAAAAGUUUCUUGCAUAAAUGCUACCGUCCCAUUGUCACAAAUUUCAAGCCCUUCGGUUUCAGAUGAUUUUUGUUCUUCAUGUAAGUUUAACAACAAUGGAGAAGAUCGAGUAGUUGUUGGGACCCUUGAUCUUAACCAGUGUGUAAGUCUUCCAGACGAGAUUACAGGAAACAGACCAGAGGGGAUCGGAGCUGAUUUCGCAAGAGCAUACUUGAGCAAUGUAUGUGUUGGCAAGGAACUGCAUAGAAAUGGGUUAGGUUAUGCUCUUGUUGCUAAGUCAAAGUUAGUUGCGCAAGAAUGGGGCAUAAGUGAUCUAUAUGUUCAUGUCGCUGUAGACAAUGAGCCUGCAAAAAAGUUGUACAUGAAGAGUGGUUUUGUUUACGAAAAGGAUGAACCUGCAUGGCAGGCCAGGUUCCUCGAUCGGCCUCGAAGGAUACUUUUGUGGUUUGGCAUCCCAGGCGUGCAACUAUGACUUGCAAUGCCUCAAUAUCAAGCUAUCAUUUAGAAAUAUACCAUGAUUGUUCCUCUAUUUUCUUUAAGAUGCAUUGCUGUGGCAGUGAUGCGAAGCAUUUUUAGACUGUCACAAGUCAGGAACAUAAUUGUUCUUUUCACCUUUGAAAUGUAAAUGUAUGUCAAUUUAUUGGUUUGUAGGUUUU